GGCAACUACCACGUCUGCUGAGCAGUAGCAUUUUGCAUUAUACCCGUUUUUAACAUCUAUAGGUCUAGAAACGCGUACGAACAAAACUCUAUCUAGGUUUUAAAAACUUACAGUUUCCGGAUCUUUUUUGCGCGCUCGUGAUUGAAUAACAUGAGCGGUGUAGAUGAGGAAGACUAUGCAAAACUGCCUUUAUCGACGCGAUUGACACAUAAAAUCUGGAAAGUUCGGCUGGGAGCUUACGAAGAAUGCAAAACACAAUUCUCACGCGCCUUUGAACCGACAGAUUCCUGCUUCGGACUGUGGACUUCGAAUCCAGAUCUAUGGAAAAACAUGCUAAUGGAUGGCAAUGUUGCUGCUCAAGAAGCAGCAGUUGCAGCAUACAUGGAGUUUAUUAAAUACGCUUCUCCCGAUUAUGUUUCAAAAUCCAUCGCUUUUGCUAUUCCAGCUAUUUCUGAAAAAUGUCUGAUGUCCUCUCGAGCAGGAACAAAAGUCAACAGUCUCGAGGCCCUACAGUUAGUCAUUGAAGUUGGUAUUGUUGAUCCAGUAGUCGAGACAUUGGUUGCCUCUUUUGGUGCCAGACUGCCAAAACUCGUUGCUGCCAAUGUUCAUGCGCUCUCCACACUUGUAGAGAGUUUUGGUACUAAGAUUAUCCGACCUGAAACCAUUGUUCCAGUUUUACCAAAACUUUUUGGACACGCUGACAAGAACGUGAGAAAAGAGACCGUUGGUCUUACCGUCAAUUUGUACAGAUGGGUUGGCGUAAGGUUAAAAAAUGCAAUUGCAAGUGAUCUGAAGCCGGUUCAAAUGAAAGAAUUGGAGGCCCAAUUCGCUGCCUUGCCAGAAGAAAAGCCAACGCAAAAGCGGUUGUUGCGUAGUCAACAGGCAGAAAGCAAAGCGGUGGAAGCGCAACCAGUUCCUGAGAAUCAAGGGCUGUCUGCUUCUCCCGUUGAAGAUCAAAGUGAGCAAGAAGAUGAGUAUGAUCUUGUGGAGGAGGUUGACGUGUUCAGCAAAAUUCCUCCCACUCUGGAAUCUGCUCUUUCCUCAGUUAAGUGGAAAGAGAGAAAGGAGGCUCUGGAAGAUUUUUUACCGGUCGUUUCUCAACCAAAGAUCAAAGAUGCGAAUUUUUCUGACCUUGUCCAAAUGCUUGCUCAUCGCAUUGUUAAAGAUGCGAAUGUAAUUGUGGUUACAACGGCGGCAAAAUGUCUCGACAGCCUUGCCAAAGGCCUGCAUUCUUUCUUUCAUCCUUACGUUUCCAUCACCAUUAAUGCUCUGUUGGAACGUUCAAAAGAAAGAAAGGCAUCCGUUAUUGAGGCACUUUCUGCCGCAAUGGAUUCUGCCUUUGCAGCAUCCAACCUUGACGCACUUGCAGAUGAAAUCGCACAAUUUGCUUCUCAUAAAAACCCACAAGUCAGGACGGAAUGUUGCCAUUUUUUAAGUCGUUGUCUUUCGAAAACGACAGUGUUACCAAGCAAGUCUACGGUUGAUGUUAUUGCUAGCGCAUGUGUGCCAGGUGUGAACGAUACUUUCGAACCUGUUCGAAAUGCCGCCGCUGAGACGUUGGGAAUAUUAAUGAAGCUCGUUGGAGAGAGACAUAUUGCACAGUACACUGACUCAUUGGAUGACAUUAGAAAAGCUAAAGUUAAGUCGUAUUUUGAGACCGCAACCGUUUCUGUGAAACCACGCUCUUCAAGACCACGUCCAGUUGCUUCUUCUGCGAAUCGUAAUCCUGCAACAGUCAGAAGGCCUGAACAACGGUCUACCAGUGCGACGGCGAACAAACCGUCAUUGGCUAAGAAUACCGUUCUUAAAUCCAAAUCUGUUUCUUCACCCACGCCCGCCUCUCCGGCGCGACGGGUUUCUGCUGAACGCUCGUCUAGCUCUCCAGCGGCUGCGGCGAAGAAGAAGAAUGCUUUUGAAGAAGGACCACUUCUUCCGCGUCCGACAACACGUCCUACAUUGCGUUCUUCUAAGAACCAUCUUGCCAUGCGGUCUCUUGCUCGUGGUGGCUCUUCACAAAAAGGACUUCUUAAUGAAACUGUUCUGCAUUUAAAGAAAAUGGAUCUUGAAGAUUCUGAACCAACACCUGCAAAACAGACGAAAGUUGCCCCUCAACAAAGCACGAUUAAUGUGUCUGAAAAAAUGAACGCUUUAAACGAUUUUGCUGCAGAAAGAUCCACGCUACUUGCCCAAAUACAAAAAGAGCGGGAAGAGAAAUCUCUUCUCCAACGUCAAGUGAGUGAACUGAAACGUGAAGUUGCCUCUCUUAAGGAAGAACUCUCUAAUGCGAAUAUGCAGCAAGAGUCGAGACAAACAAUUGCUCGCCCUCUUGGCCGUGAUGGUUAUAGUGUACCGACUUCACUCUCUUCUUUCCAACGCGACAACAGAAAUUUGGAUUCCUUCCAUCAGGGACUCGCCCGGUCUCGCUUAAUGCUCUCUAAUGACCCCGCCACUCGUUCUCAAUUCACGUUUAAUAGAAGUUCAUCAUUUGCUUUUCAACAACCGGAAUCCCCGAAACGGGUAAUGUCCCGACCUCCUUCGAUGAAUCUUUCAUCCGACUGGAGCAGAGCGAUGGACCUUACUGCCAAGCUAAAGGAAAAGAUUGAACAGAUGAAACAAACCGACCUUCGGCAUCAAAGCCUAAUUUAAUUAAACUACUCACUCGUCUUGGUUUUGGUCUAGUGUCUGGCUACCCAGAUUAUUUACUUUACAGAUUUGAUCUCGAAUAUGGUUUCUUAUUUAUAAUUCCUUUAUAGAAAGCGGCAACAUUUUAUAAGCCUAGACCAUUAAUUAACAAAAUAUCGAAAAGAUACGUAAAUAGACAAACGGAAAAAACGUAAUGUACAGUGGAUCCACUAAGAAGUAUCGUCUUGUUUCAGA